UCACUCCAAAGCAAGGGACCUCUGUUUACCAGUUUUGGUAAACAGGGGCUCGUUGGUGGGGUGAGGCUAAAGAUCACAGAGCCUGUCAUGUCCUUCUGAAGGCAAACAAAUUCCCUAACCUUGAGUAAAGUCCAGUUUUUACAGACAGACUGGCUGACUUUAGAGGACCUCUCAUGACCACUCUUCAAUCCACUCCCAGUGAAGGUGCAUCGUCCCUGGGGAUUGUCCUGGGACUACACCGUACUUAUGGAUCUUUUCCACAGCUGGGGGGUAGAGGUGGCCAUUCAUCUGCAGACCCAGUAUGGGGACUAUGAGAGCUGGUUUAGCCUGGCCUCUACUGUAGCUGACCUUCAUACUACCUUCUUCUGUUUCUUCCCAAUCUGGUUCCAUCUACGCAGGGAUGUGGGGGUCAAGCUCAUCUGGGUGGCUGUCAUUGGAGAUUGGCUCAACUUGGUCCUGAAGUGGGUUCUAUUUGGAGAGAGACCUUAUUGGUGGGUCCAUGAUACUCGCUUCUAUGGGACAGAUCCAGCACCCGAUUUAAAACAAUUCCCCAUCACCUGUGAAACAGGACCAGGAUGCCCUUCGGGUCAUGCCAUGGGCUCGGCUGCGGUGGGCUACGUGAUGAUAACGGCUGUCCUCUCAAUGGCGGCGAAAAGGUUCCCUUCGCUCCUGUACAGGUUCUUGCAGGUGGGACUCUGGAUGCUGCUGUGUUCCGCGGAGCUUCUGGUUUGCAUGUCCAGGGUCUACAUGGCCGCACACUUCCCCCACCAGGUCAUCUGUGGGGUCAUCUCAGGGAUCAUGGUGGCUGAGGUGUUCUCCAGAGUGCAAUGGAUCUAUGGAGCCAGUAUGAGGAAGUACUUCUACACCACCCUCUUCCUGCUCUCCUUCGCUGUGGGAUUCGAAGUUCUGCUAAAGGCUGUGGGUGUGGACCUGCUGUGGACACUGGAGAAAGCAGAGAGGUGGUGUAUAAAACCAGAGUGGGUCCACAUGGACUCGACCCCCUUCGCCAGCCUCUUGCGCAACAUGGGCACCCUGUUUGGCCUAGGACUGGGCCUGCACUCAGCCCUCAGCAGUGAAAGCGAGAAAAGCAGCAGCACCUCCUUCAGAUUGGGAUGUAUCACUAUCUCCUUAAUCCUGCUACAGACCCUGGAUUCCUUGACAUUCUCCUCCAGAAACCAGGCAUUGUUUUACUUGUUCUCCUUCAGUAAAAGUGCUGCUGCCCUCUUUAUCCCCACAGCCCUGGUUCCCAAUGGACUCUCCUGGAUAUUUCCAGGUUGUUGUGGGGUGGCUAAGCUGAAAUCUAAAUAAAAAUAAUUCACUUUGUGUACCACAUUUGGCACAGAUGUUAAUUUAUGUGCCCUGAUAUAAUGUUUGGGGCCACCACAGAUUUGGUGCCUGAUGAUGACAGACAUUUCACAAAUGACUUAGACAAACAUUGUUUAAAAGUACAGAAAUACUGUUCAAAAAACAGCACCACAAUUGAUACAGGAAACACACCAGAUGAAACACACAUAUGAUGGAAUCUUGGUGUAGUUGUCAUGCAAAUCUGUACGACCUUCAGAAACGGUUUUGAUUUAGAAAAAAAUUAUUGUCAUGCUGAGUUCAUGAGCAAAAACAUGAGUGUAUAUGGGAAGUAUUUGUGGAAAUAUAUUAGUGUACAUUUCUAUUAUACAGUAAAUCCAUGUUAAAUGUAUGUCAUGAUGUGUAUGAAAACAUCAUUUUAGUGAGAAUAACCCAUGAUUCAGGAAGUGAAUCAUACAGAAAGUGAUGCUAGAAAACUAUGCUCUGGAAAGAUUUUACAGCACGUCAAUCAUCAUGACAAAAUGUCUUCCACAGUAUCAGAUAGUUCGGACCAGAGUAUUCCAUUGUAUGUUUAAUUCACACUCUCACACUGAUAUCUGAAACUUGAAUUAGGAAUGAUUCUAGCAAAUGAUACUGUGCUGCUGUUGCUACUUCAAUGACAGCAUGAGGACAAAGGGUGAUUAUCAGGCUUUGGACUCCGGACCCCAAGUGGAGAUACUGUACAACAGACAGGACAGACUGCUGACUAAUUAUUGUUACUUUCACCACUGAUGGUGCAGUGUAAUAGGUGAUUAUGUUUGUAAUAUUGCUGAUAAGCCAGUUCAAUUUGAAGAAACUAUGUGACAGCUUUUCGAUACAUUUUAUUUACUAAAUGAUUUUCAUACCUCUGA